ACCGCAACGCCAAAAGCACUAGUUUGGUUAUGCACGAACACAGGUAACUCCGAUAAGACUGAUGAAAGGAGCCAACGAGCUCUUAAUCCUCGCAUUUCUGCUAAUCCUCGCAUCCUCAUCGUCGCCGUCGUCAUCAUCGGCUGUUAAUUCAGAACCAGACGACGGCAAAGGACAAUGGCAGAUGCUAACCAACCACAAUUUCUCUACUCAGAUCAGACUGCAUCCUCACAUUCUCUUCAUCGUCUCAUAUCCAUGGUCUGGAGAAUCGAGGUUUUUAAUGAAGGAAUUAAGCGAUUUAGUCAGGGUUUAUAAUAAAGAAGAUGAACUUAACUCACUUAAAUUCAUGUAUAUGCACAGAAAUAAAGACCAGAUGUUAGCUGAUGCUAUUGGUGCUUCUGAUGGAUUAGUAACUGUUUUGUAUUACCAUUACUCUUUUGCUUAUAAGUAUCAAGGCAGACUUAUUGCUAGUAAUGUACUGUCUUCGGUUGUUCCUUAUUUGAAUGUUUCGUCGAGAGCCAUUCCGAUUAAAGAAAUUGGCAAUCAGGAGGAGUUGGAAAAUUUCACUGAAUCAACUGAUAAAGCUGUGCUGCUUCUUGAAUCUUGUGGAUGGACUGCGAAGUUGAUGGCUUCUAUGGACAGAAAUAGGACUCAGAAUGGGGAUUUUAGUGGAGUGAGUUCUGAAGGAGAGGCUGAUGAAAUUCCAGAAGCUCAAUUGAAGGAGAACCUGAAGGGGACUGAAACUGCAAGUUCAAUGUGUGGUAUCCAAGACAUAUUCGGUGGAGUUCCUUCGAUUGCAGAGUUUAGCCCAUUAUUAAACAGUAGUGGUCCUUUCCAGGACAGUGACACUGAAGAUAUGAAGCAUACUGUUGGACUGUCUUCUUGUAGCUACAAAGAGUUUCAGCAAUUUAAAUCUUUCUUUUUUGGGUUCAUGAAUGUUGCAAGAGAAUUAUUUCUGCUCUCUGAAAAGUAUAGGUUUGGCCUGGUUUCAGAUAAAUCAUUGCUUUCAUCUCUAGGUGCUGGAGAUUCUGGUUCAUGGUCCACAAUGGUUUACUUUAAUGGAUGCCCAAGCUGUUCAAAGAUUCUAAAGGAGGGGGAUGACCUUAGGGAUGUUCUACUAUUGGAGGAAUCAAUAGUUCUAGAGCUAGAAGCUAAUGGGCAAGAUAUUGAUCCUGCUGUACCUGCAAAUAAGCCAUCAGUAAUUCUGUUUGUGGACAGAUUUUCCAACUCAUCGGAUAUUAAAAAGAAGAGUAAGGAAGCUCUUGGAGAACUGAGAAAAUUAGCUCUUGAGUAUCAUAUAUCAGAUGAGAUGCAUCAACAGAAUGGUAAGAAGUUUGGAAGACCCUCUACCCAAUCAUUUCAAGAAUAUAGAAGUAAAUCUGGACAUCCCAAGUUAAGGGUAUAUCCAGCAGCUCAGAAGCUUAAGUUAGAGGAAAAUAUGUCGAUCAUGAUUGUAAAUGAGGGUAAAAGUGUAAUCUUAGAUAAAUUAGAUAAAAAUUUGCAAGGCAGUUCCUUGCAUGAAAUCUUAACACACAUUCUUCAGAAAAAGAAGGAAGCGAAAUUGAGUUCAGUUGCAAAGGAGGCGGGUUUUCAACUUUUAUCUGAUGAUAUUGACAUAAAACUGUCUGAUACAUUACCAUCAGAACAUACGGAAGAGCCUAUACAAGAUUCAGAUGCACCAUAUGAGGAAGGCAUUGCCAGUACCGGUGUCAAUUUAGACAAAGAUCAAAAUGAAAGAAUUCAACUUACUGAUAUUAAGGACUCUAUUCAUGAUGAUGAAGAGAAGAAAACUUAUGUUGACACAAGUAAAUUUUUAUUAUCCUUAAAACCUGACCAACUUGAGUCUGAUGAUGGGCUAGCUAUUUUAGAUGGCUUAAAAACCAAAGAAAAAGGUUUUACCCAAGUGGACCGCUCGGAAAAACCACUGCCUCAGUUUCAAAGUUUUAAGGGAUCUUUUUAUUUUUCUGAUGGAAACCACCGGUUACUAAGAGCUUUGACGGGUGAGUCAAGGAUUCCUUCCUUAGUAAUUAUUGAUCCCAUUUUGCAACAGCAUUAUGUAUUUCCCAAGCAGACUGAUUUCAGCUAUGCUUCACUGGAGGACGUUCUUCAUGAAUUUCUUAAUGGAGUUCUUAUACCAUACCAACACUCUGAAUCUAAACCUGAAAAUCCUAGGGAGGGAACUCACCCUCCAUUUGUUAAUAUGGAUUUCCAUGAAGCAGAUUCCAUUCCUCGCGUUACAGCUCAAACAUUCUCCGAGCAGGUUCUUGGUUCUAGUAAAUCUGGUAAUAAUGAUAUUUCCCCUGCUUGGAAGGAGGAUGUGGUGGUCCUUUUCAGCAAUAGCUGGUGUGGCUUUUGUCAAAGAAUGGAGUUAGUGGUACGUGAAGUAUUUCGGGCGUUGAAAGGCUACAUGAAAGUGGUGAAGGCGGGAUCUCGGACUGCGGAAGUAGUGCUAAGUGAUGAUAACCUGAAGAAUGCAGUUGUGAAGUUUCCCAAAAUCUUCUUAAUAGAUUGCACAUUGAAUGAUUGCAGUUUAAUUUUAAACUCUAGUAAUCAGAGAGAAGUUUAUCCUGCUCUAUUAUUAUUUCCGGCAGAAAGGAAGACUGCGGUCUCUUAUGAAGGAGAUAUUGGUGUAGCUAAUGUUAUUAAGUUUAUAGCUGACCACGGAAGCUGUUCUCAACAUCUAACCAGUAAUAAGGGUAAUCUCUUUUAGCAGGAAGCAGAUUUCGACAUGAUAACUGGAUGAUAUGGUCUAUAGCUGAAAAAAGAGAAUAAUUUUGGUAAAGAUGCAUUACCAUUCAAGUUUCAUGAGGAGGCUUCUAUUAGAAAGCAGAAAUCCUAUGAAGUGCUACUGAAGCAGUGGACACCAAAGAGAAAAAC